GCGCAUGGUUGCGCCUCACCGUCGAUACCCCACGCGCGCCGCUCACCCAGGCGAGGACCCAGGCUUCCUCCCAAGCGCGCCAUCAGAUGGGCAAGGCUGCACUAGCGUAACCUGCAGAAAACACACCAAAUACCCUUGUAAGGGUAUUUGGUAUGACAACGGCACAUCCUCAGGCAAAUGCUCCAGUUGAGAGGGGGCAUAGCACCAUCACUAAUCUUCUGGCUAAGUGGACUGAAGGUAGGCCUGGCCAAGGUCCUGAGGGCAACAUUUUUUGUCGAGAACAUUACGGUAAAAAAGACCACUAAGUACACACCAGCCACGCUAUGGUACGGAAGGCAUGCUACUUUCCCAAUUGAGAGCUUAAUGAAAACUUGGAGACGUCAAGACUUAGAAACCAACCUGUCCUUCGAGGUGUUGCUCGAUAUUCGAGCACGACAGUUGGGUGCGAUUGAGGAGAGGAUUCAGGAGGCGUCCAAUCAAGUGGAGGAAAGCCGCAUGGAUGACAAAGCUCGUUGGGACCAGUUGGCCCGCAUACGAAAGGUACCAUUGAAAGUCGGGGAUGUAGUGCUGCUAUAUGACUCGUCCCUGGAGAAGCAAUGGUCUAGGAAGCUCCACAAAAGGUGGCUAGGGCCAUAUCGGAUUGUGCGAUGUGGGGAUUUCGGCGCCUACCAGAUUGAGGAGCUGGAUGAAACAGAGUGGAAGGAUUGGGUACCAGGAACGAGGCUGAAAAAGUCUGACUUUACGAAGACAGCCAUACCGAGAGGAGGGAGGGGGACGCGGCCACCACGGAGGCCAUUGGGAGCAUCAAGGGGUUACGGGCGGCAUGGGUCUCAUCGAAGGGAGCACACGCCCGUGUAUGACGACGGGGAUAUAAAGCUCUUCCUGAACGAGUUCUGGAGAUAUGCGGAGCACAUGGGGUGGACAAUGGCAGAGAGGAUAGAGAGGUUGAGGGGAGUUGGCCGAUUUGAGGAGCCCAUCGCGCGGAUCCGUAGGGAGACGAGGACCUGGCCAGAGGUGGAGAUGAGGAUGCAGGAGUUGAGGCCAUCGCCCGUGGGUCCAGACGGUGUGCCGAUCCACCUAGAGAUUGGGAAUGUGGAGGAGUUCAUCCCUGCUUUUGAGCAUUUCAUGCACGAGCAAAACGUAUUGAGGGAUGAAGGAGCAAGAGGCAGAGGGGCCCUGAGGCCAGAGAGGCAAUCCCAUCUCGAGGAGGACGAAAGGCCUUUGCGAGAGGAGUCAGUACCAAAGACAGGGGAGCAGGGAGCAUACCCUGAGUGCCGGCUUGGCCCGAUGAUUUUUCAUCGUUUCACUAGAGAGGGAUUGAGAGGAUCCCCUCAACGCGUGUUGGAGGAGAUGCCACCAUCUGGAGGACCAUUGCAAGAGUUGGAGGCACACCUGGACAUAUCACGAUGGAGGGUGCCUCAGACUGAGGAGAGGUGCGACGAGCCGGUUGGGGGUGUACCACGAGAGGAGGUCCCUGAGCCAGGGCGAGAGGUGGAACGGGGUGCUCAGGGAGGGAGAGUGAUGGAGGAAGUGAUAGAGGUUGGAGAGGAUACUCCGCCUCGGACACCAGCUCCAGAAACCGGGCCUGAGAUAGUGUCGGAUGUCGCCCAAGAGGCAGGGAGGGAGCUCCAACGGGGAGAGAUUCCAUUACCUCCCCCAGAUACGACUCUAUCGCCAGGGGUGAGGAUAGAGAUGGAGCGAGAGAGGAAUGGCUGGAGGAGAGAGGCCCUUUCCACAAUCGAUAGGUAUCUGGCUGCGCAUGCUCAGGAGCACCUGGACAUCAAGAGGCCAAUGCCUAUGGAGCCACCACGGGAGCCGCACCAGGCGGAGAAAGAGGCGUUGGCCGAGAUUCCAGAGAGAGAGGACCAUCGCACGAGAGGGAGGGCGCCGACAAGAGAGACAACAGAAGAGAGACGAGCCAGGGUCGGGAAGCGUGUGGAGGAGAUUAAGGAGGAGAGGCAGAGAUUAGAGGCGGCUGGAGCACUCCCAGAUCAGCCACCUGACGCACCCCCUAAACCCUGUGGAGUCAAGGAGAUGUGGGAUGAGUUUUGGGGCUCAUAUGGCGAGGGGUUGGCAGUUCCAGAGAGGGCAGGAUUUGGGACAUCGAGGUCAGCAACUGAGUACCUGGACUGUAAGAUCCGCUUCCUGGCCAAGACUUCUUUCAAUAGGUAUCUGAUGCUGGAAGAUGAUCUGGCCGACAAGAAGAUUAAAGAAGUAAGUCAUGGGGUACGAUUGGAGGCUGUUGAGGCUGAGGUUCGAGAGCUCAGGGCAUUGACAGCCAGUCAGGCUGCCACCAUCCAGGAGAUGAGGCAGCAUCUUCAGGACACCACAACUAGGAGAGACCAGGAGCCACCCACUAGAGGGGUGGACUGGACCGAGAGCCGUCGCGGUGAUAUCCAGGGCGAAGCGACGCAGGGUCUAUCAAGACAACCAUCUCUGGCAUGACCCUCUCAGGAACCAUCUAUUGGGAAGGCCAUCUUGGAUCCAGAGGAAGCAAAGGCAAAGAGGGAGGUAGAGAAGGAGGCCUUUGAGUUUAGGGCCCCUACUGAGCUUGCCCCCCAGCCUAUGACUUCUUCAGGACCUGCGAUGGAGUCCUCGACACCACAAGCCGGAGACG